AGAAUAGCCAAUGUAAUUUGACACUUCAACUUGCUGUGCUCUCUGCUAGUUGAUUCACUUACUCACCCACUAACAUUGAGCUCCUUUUCACUGUCUGUGGGCAAGGGGAAAAAAAAGGGGGGGGAAGGAAGAAAAAAGAAAGCAGGGGGAGAAGGAAGAAAGGAGGGGAAUAAACAAAAUUAUAUAUUUAAAAAUACCCGAGUAGAGCUGCAAAUCAGUUGGGAAAGAGGAUUUUGCCUGCCUUCUUCCUUAUUAUUUUGCUGCUGCAAGGCUGCUUUGCAAUCCGUAGGAAAUACUGUUGUGCUGAGGAAGAAAACAGCUCUCUCCUCCCCCUUUUUUUUUCCCCACCCUCCCCUCCUUUCUUCUUGCCUGAUUCAGAAGCUCCAGGAAUGUGCUAAUUGGCGGUGGCCUCUUCAGAAAGCUGCUUGUACUGUAUGUACCCCUGGAACCAGGACAAAGUUGGCAACAGCUAUGCAUGGAAAUUGGUGAAAAUUCAUGAAAAUUGCACAGGCUAAAGGAAAAUGGAUCUUGUUAUGUGAGGGCGUUGAGGAAACAGUCCCCAGCUACUGAGAGGAAGAAAGGCCGGUGGGAAAUACUCAGAUUGAGGGAUUUUAAUGGCUUUCAGGUAGAAGAAAGUGGAGACAAUCAAAAUGAAUUCUAUGGACAGGCACAUACAGCAGACCAAUGACCGGCUGCAGUGCAUAAAACAGCACUUACAGAACCCAGCAAACUUCCAUAAUGCAGCAACAGAGCUCCUGGACUGGUGUGGAGACCCCAGAGCCUUCCAGAGACCGUUUGAGCAGAGCCUGAUGGGCUGUUUGACGGUGGUAAGUCGAGUGGCAGCUCAGCAAGGAUUUGACUUGGAUCUUGGAUACAGGCUACUGGCAGUAUGUGCAGCCAACAGGGACAAAUUCACUCCAAAAUCAGCUGCCCUGCUUUCAUCGUGGUGUGAGGAGCUGGGACGGCUCUUGCUGCUUCGCCACCAGAAAAGCCGGCAGAACGACCCUCCCGGGAAGCUCCCCAUGCAACCCCCCAUGAACUCUAUGAGCUCCAUGAAACCCACCCUCUCUCACAGUGAUGGGUCUUUCCCUUAUGAUUCUGUUCCCUGGCAACAAAAUACCAACCAGCCUCCAGGCUCUUUGUCAGUGGUCACCACAGUAUGGGGUGUGACUAACACCUCUCAAAGCCAGGUGCUGGGAAAUCCAAUGGCAAAUGCUAACAACCCUAUGAACCCAGCAGGAAAUCCCAUGGCUUCUGGGAUGACAACCAGCAACCCUGGAAUCAAUUCCCCUCAGUUUGCUGGACAGCAGCAGCAAUUUUCAGCCAAGGCAGGCUCCACUCAGCCAUACAUACAGCAGGGCAUGUAUGGCAGACCCAAUUAUCCUGGAAGUGGAGGGUUUGGUGGCAGUUACCCUGGAGGCCCAAAUACCCCUGCAGGAAUGGGGAUCCCCCCCCACACGAGGCCACCAGCUGAUUUCACCCAGCCAGCUGCAGCUGCUGCCGCUGCUGCAGUUGCAGCUGCAGCUGCUACAGCAACAGCUACAGCUACAGCCACUGUGGCAGCCCUUCAGGAAACACAGAAUAAGGACAUGAACCAGUAUGGACCGGUUUGUUCCUCUUUCCAGAUGGGUCCAACUCAGGCUUACAACAACCAGUUUAUGAACCAGCCUGGUCCUCGUGGUCCUGCUUCCAUGCCAGGCAACAUGAACCCAGCAAGCAUGGGAGCAGGGAUGACACCUUCCAGCAUGAGCGGGCCACCCAUGGGCAUGAACCAGCCCCGGCCUCCUGGAAUGAGCCCCUUCAGCACCCAUGGGCAGAGGAUGCCUCAGCAGGCCUACCCAGGCCCACGCCCCCAGUCUUUGCCUAUACAGGGCAUAAAGAGACCAUACCCAGGAGAGCCCAAUUAUGGAAACCAGCAGUAUGGACCAAACAGCCAGUUUCCAAACCAGCCUGGUCAGUACCCCACGCCCAACCCUCCGAGACCCCUCACAUCUCCCAACUAUCCUGGACAGAGGAUGCCAAGCCAGCAAAACACAGGGCAGUACCCUCCUCCAACAGUCAACAUGGGGCAGUAUUACAAGCCAUCAAGGCCUGUACCUGUGGCAAAUUACCCUCAUUCACCUGUUCCAGGAAACCCCACGCCACCCAUGACACCAGGGAGCAAUAUUCCUCCAUACCUGUCACCCAACCAGGAUGUCAAACCACCAUUCCCACCUGACAUUAAACCAAAUAUCAAUGCUUUACCACCACCUCCGAAUGCUAAAGGGAAAGUUCACGCCUUCUCUCCCUCUCCGAUCCCAGCCAACCACACGGACGAGCUGCGCCUGACGUUCCCCGUGCGGGAUGGGGUUGUCCUGGAGCCCUUCCGGCUGGAGCACAACCUGGCAGUCAGCAACCACGUCUUUCACCUGCGCCCCACUGUGCACCAGACUCUGAUGUGGAGGUCUGACUUGGAAUUGCAGUUUAAGUGCUAUCACCAUGAAGACAGACAAAUGAACACAAACUGGCCAGCUUCAGUCCAGGUCAGCGUUAAUGCAACCCCACUUACCAUCGAGCGUGGUGACAACAAGACAUCUCAUAAACCUCUGCACCUAAAGCACGUCUGCCAGCCAGGGAGAAACACCAUUCAGAUUACAGUCACAGCGUGCUGUUGUUCGCACUUGUUCGUGUUGCAGUUGGUGCACCGGCCAUCGGUCCGCUCCGUACUCCAAGGUCUACUAAAGAAACGCCUCCUCCCAGCAGAGCAUUGUAUCACCAAGAUCAAGAGGAACUUCAGCAGCGUAGCAGCUUCCUCUGGCAAUGCAACACUAAAUGGGGAGGAUGGGGUGGAGCAGACUGCUAUCAAAGUGUCUCUCAAGUGUCCAAUCACAUUCCGGCGGAUCCAGCUCCCGGCCAGGGGUCACGACUGCAAGCACGUGCAGUGCUUUGAUCUGGAAUCUUACUUGCAACUGAACUGUGAAAGAGGAACUUGGCGGUGUCCAGUAUGCAAUAAAACUGCUCUUUUGGAGGGCUUGGAGGUUGACCAGUAUAUGUGGGGUAUUCUGAACGCCAUACAAAACUCCGAGUUUGAAGAAGUUACCAUUGAUCCAACUUGCAGUUGGAGGCCGGUCCCUAUAAAGUCAGAUAUUCACAUCAAAGAUGACCCAGAUGGCAUUCCCUCAAAAAGAUUUAAGACAAUGAGUCCAAGCCAGAUGAUCAUGCCAAAUGUAAUGGAGAUGAUUGCAGCUUUGGGUCCUGGUCCGUCACCUUACCCAUCCCUACCCCCUCCUCCAGGAGGCAACAACUCCACUGAAUAUGGUAACCAAGGCAACAGUUACCAAGGUCAUGGCAAUUUUGACUUCCCGCAUGGGAAUCCUGGUGGCACAUCUAUGAAUGACUUCAUGCAUGGGCCACAGCUGUCACAUCCCCCAGACAUGCCGAGCAGCAUGGCAGCUCUGGACAAACCUCUCAGUCACCCCAUGCAGGAAUCUAUCCCUCAUCCCGGCAGCACUGAUCAGUCCCAUACUUCCAUGCAGCAAGGUUUGCACGUCCCUCACCCCAGCAGCCAGUCAGGGCAGCCAUUACAUCACAGCGGGCCUCCUACCCAGCAGUCCCGGCAGCCACCCCCGGCCGCUUCUAGCAACCAUCCACACAGUGACCUGACCUUUAACCCCUCCUCAGCCUUAGAGGGUCAGGCUGGUGGACAGGGAGCACCCGACAUGCCGGAGCCCUCGCUGGAUCUGCUUCCAGAACUCACAAAUCCAGAUGAGCUGCUUUCAUACCUGGAUCCUCCUGAUUUGCCAAGCAAUAGCAAUGAUGACCUUCUGUCUCUCUUUGAGAACAACUGAAACCAUGUGUAUUCUCCCAUCCUUUUCACUUGUUCACACGUGUGUGGCUGCACAGCGAGGAAUCUUAACACUCCUUUUCCACAAGAGAAGAAAAAACCUCACAACUCGAUCCAAUGGUGCACUCCCCGCUUUCUUCAUCUCAGAACUGCUUUUGUUAGCUUCAAAGACUGCGAAAGUGACGGGAGAAAAUAAUACAAAAGUUAAAUAAAUGCAGCAGUCUCCGAGUCUGCCAUGCUACAUGUGACAAAGAAGCAUAGACAGUUGUGCAGCUAUUGGAAACCCCAUUUGGUGUUCAUCCUCUAGAGAGAGAGUUCUGUGAUAAACAUAGUGUGAAGUAUCUUGGCAAAACCGGAUCUUGGCAAGGGAAGAAAAAUCAACAGAAUGGAACUGUCUUUAAUUGACCCGUCUCAGAGUGUCUUUACAAUGCUUGUUCUUCCAUUUUUUUGAAACUGUAUCUCCCUCUACCCCACCUCUCCUCUACCCCCCUCCAGCCAUGGGUUUGCGUUGGAAUAAUUGUCCUGGCCACACACAAAAUGAAAAAAAAAACACCUACAAAGCUCAAAAAAGCACAAAUCCUACAGUCAAGUGGCAGAGUUAGGGAAGACACACAGGCCUGUCAGAGGGAGCCAGCAGUGUAGCUAAUGCCACUUCAGUAACGGCCUGAGCUCUGCAGGCCGCAGCCGUGGGUGUCGGGAUUUCUGCACGUGCAGGGAUCUUUACCAUCUCUUUGCAGAGGAUUCCUCUGGCCCAGCACACAGAUUGGAAGCACCCAGGAAAAUUUUUUUUAAAGUUUGCAAUGUUUAGGGAUUUUCGUGAUUUGGUUUCAGAUCAGUACCGUUUCUGACUGCGUUAACAUCCAGCUGUAGAGAUUGCUGUCAUAGAUCUUUUUGCCAUGUAUGCCAUACGUAAUUGGCAUAUGGAAAAGAGAGGGAGGGGGGAUGCAAACCAAACUGUUCCUGAUUAUUACCUACAGCCUUCGGUGCCCCAAGAGUUUAUGUCACUGUCUGUACUGCACAAUGCAUAGUAAGACAAGCUGGGUUGAAGGCAGCGAGGAAAUCAUUGCAGGAUGGAGGGAGAGUAACAUCAUUUUCUGCAUAAUUAUUUUUAAUAAUCAGCUUGAGAAGGGGCAUUGACAUUGGACAGACGUCUUACAGCUUCAUUUUAGUUUUGCUUUGCAUUCUGUUUUCAUGACUGUUACAGAUACUUCCGCCUUUUCCUUUUCUUCUCCUUCAGUUUCUUUUUGUUAACUUUGGCUGCUGGGAUGCGCUCUUUCUUCUGAAGGACCGAGUGUGUGGAGAAUAAGUACCUGUCAGUAGAUUGCUACUGCCCUCAAGAGACCCUGCUGCCACAAUUACUGCCUUGCCCCUGUGAUCUUUGCUUCUCGUGUGGUUGCUGCUCCUGCAUGAGCUUCCUAUUGCUUCUGUGCCCAUUUCUGUGCUCUUUGUCUCUCUCUCUCUCUUAUAAAUGAUGUACAGUAGCUGUGUAAGAAGUGCAUGUGUGCCAACUUUGCCCUCGUGGUGCAACAUUUCAGCUUUUCCCCACUGUACAGUUACUGGUUUUGUUUCUUUUGAUACUAAAGCAUAUUUGACCCUACUCCUUUUCCUCUUCCCAAAUCCAAACACCCUUCAUUUGCUCGCCACAAUGCAUUUUAAACUGAAGUGCCAGGCAAAAUUUUGUUUGUUCCUGUCAGUUUGACUAGCUAGCUUCCUAGCCCUCUGUGUUUAGUUUGCAAUGCUGUAAAUGGCAUGCUCUGUGCUUACGACUCUGGAUUUGCUUUCCUCACCAAAGUCAUAUUUGUAAAUUCUCUGCAUUUUUUGUUUUCUUUUGCUCUGUUUGUUAACAUUUCCCACUACUGCUGUACAUGCGUUGUGGUAUAUAUAUGCUAGUCAGCAGCACCUUGCUGUAGAUAUUAAAGGAAAUGGCGGUUUAGUUCUUUUAUUUUCCAGUAGGAGUAUUGAAUCUGUCAAACGUAUUAUGUAGAAAUGGUCCCACACUUAUAUUUUUCCUCUUUCAAGUUUUUUUAAGAAAGGCGCUGUUCAUUAUGCAAAAUCAAUUAUUUUAAGAAUUGCUAUUGUAAAUAUCUUUGUGAAUAUUUUAGUAUCGUCUUUGAUAAUAUUCAACAUUUUCAUGAUCUGGUUAUACUUUUGCUGGUGUUUUUAAAUACCUUGUCUGAAGAAAAAUAUGGGUCCUUUUUUAAAAAAGAAAAUUGAGGGUUCUUUAACAGAAUAAGGGAGUUGGGUUUUGGGUUUUUUUCCCCCCUAUUUUCUUUUGGUAAGUUAGCCCAAAUUUCAUAUCCAUUUAUGUGAUGAAUGAAUUGAUACAUCAGGCAGUACCUGGAUAAUCAGGGCCCAGCUCUGUCAUGGAAACAUAAUUGUGUUUGCCUAGGGAAAAAGUAACCCCAACUGAUCAACCAGUGUUCAUUGACUGUGGGUGAUCGUGAGCUGGUAAUGGCAGAGUUUGUUCAUUUGCCCAAAUGAGCAGAACACGUAGGACCAGCUGUCUGACCAGGUAAAGAUCUUGCACUAAGGCAAGCAGCAAAUCUGUAUGGUACCGUAUUUAUAUCGCUGUACUGGUGCUCCAGUCUCUGAAACUGGGGCAAAGACACUUAGGGAUGUUGGUGGGUGGGGGAGGGAAACAGUAUAGUAUAUUUUAUUCUGCUUAGAAAUGUCUUUUUUCUUAUGUAGGCUUGACAACCUGUAGAGGAUCUGUGCAGAAUAUUAAAGAUACCUUGGUGUAAUACAUGGUAAUAUGGUUGUAAUAUCACACAAUUCCUAGGAAAGACCAUUGUUCAGUUACUGAUACAGAUGUGUUGUGUAGCCAUUUUCCUGUAGUAGUUUCCCCCUGGUUUUUUGCUGCAUUUUUUAUAUAGGUCUGGAAGUCAUGUGCAGAGGUGGCUAAUGAUAAACUGACUUUAUGCCAUUAGAGUUAGUUUUUUUCUAUUUGGGGGGUAAGUUCCUUAAGCCAUAGGUUUGGGAAUAAAGAAGAUUUCUCACUAUUAGUUGGAACUGGUUGCUCUGAUUUUUUUAAUUGAUUCUAUUUCAUGUUUCAUUCUCCACUGAUUCCUGAGCAGCUAAGUUAGUCACCUAAAAUGAAUUUUCUCUUAAAUACAAUAUUAGUAUUUUAAGCCAGGUAUGUUAAGGAUUGACCUUUUGCUAACUGCUAGUAUUUAAAAUGUAUCAUUUAAAAGUACCUGUUGGAAAGCAUAAAGGGAAAAAAAAGCCCCAUAGAUAUUAGCAAUAUGUUUGAAGCAGUGUUGGCAUCUGCUUUGUACAGUAGUAGAUAAUUAAAGCGGACAGUUGACAUCUUUAAACUUACAGAAAUGUUUGGUUUCUAAGCAGAACUUAAAAAAGAAAGUACAAUUUUUACCCAUCACCCAAACGUUGGACAUUUGAGACAGUUUUAAAAUUUAUCUGUCACCUAAAAUCAGGUACUGUAUAGUGAAGUCACUAUGAAAAAGCUUCUGAAAAUUUAGUUAUUUUUUUAUCUGUUCACUGCCGUAAUAAAGUUUAGAGAAAAAAAACCCUAGCAAAUAGGGUAAUCACAGUAAUUUCUUUUAAAGUUUAAUUAUUAUAUGAGAUUCCAGUAGUAUUUUUCUUCUUUUUUUUUUUUUUGUUGGUUUACCUUUUAAUUGUUUCCCUAUGGAAGUUCAUCUGGGAAAGAACCCACAGAGAUCUACAGUUCUGCUGCCAAGACAUUAUUAUAGGACUGACAGUACACGCCAGUGUCUGCAGCGGAGACUCAAGGGACAGCUGUACAUAUGUAAAUGACAAAUAGAGACAUGUUAACAGAAAUGCAUACAUUUUCCUUGGAAUGUGCAUUGUUUUUAUUUCGCAGGAAAAAAAAGCUUGAAGCUCCAUCUUAUGUGGAAAAUGAAUCCUGUUUGUUAGCGUUUGUGGAGUCUCAGCAUUUGUUCCACUUUCACUUCUGUAAUAUACUCUGAUCCUUUGUUUUGUUUUGUUUUAUCUACAUGUAAUAUUUAGCUUACGUGUACUAGUCUAUCACCUGUGUAUUUUUAGGGUGCUACAGAAAUAAUGAAGAAAAAUACGGGGAUUAAAAAAAAAAAGAAAAAAAAUUGUAACCAAAUUCAUACUUUGUACAAUUUUUGAUAUCACGAUCAGAGGAGAAUUAAAAAAAAAAAAGUACAAUCUGAGGUAACAUGCAAAAAUGGCCAUUGUCUUUGUUUGUACAUUGUAUGUACAGUACAAUGCAAUCAUUUCAUACUUUAAACUGGUCAGAAAAAAUAAUUGUGAUUUUUAGUCUUGCAAAACUGUAUGUAGUUAGAUGAUGUGACAACCUAAUAUUUAUCUAAUAAAUAUGUAUUCAGAUGAAACCUGUAUAUUAGGUGUUCAUGUGGUUAUUUUGUAUUUAAAGAUCAAAUUAUUUGACUAUUGCUAGACAUUUAUAUACUCUGUUGUAACACUGAAGUAUUCUCAUUUGCUCAUGUUAAAUUUUUUUUCCUAAAUAAAUUUGCAAAAUUAA